CCAUAUUCGCGGCACCGUCAGGGCGGGAAAGUUCCCGGCUGUCAGUUGGAGGGUGGGUCCUCGCUCCGCCCCCUCGGGCCGCACUUCCGCGCUUCCGGGAGGCGUGUCCUAAGCUCAGGGACCCCUCGCUGGGUGCCGGUUAAGACCCAGCUCCGCGUCGCCGGUGCUAUGGAGGCGGCGGCGGCGGCGGAGGCGGAGGCGGAAGUGGAAAACGAAGACGGCGACAGCAGCUGCGGGGAUGUAUGCUUCAUGGACAAAGGCUUGCAGAGCAUAUCAGAAUUAUCUUUAGAUUCAACUCUUCAUGCCGUCAAUCUUCAUUGCAAUAACAUCUCCAAGAUCGAAGCCAUUGAUCAUAUUUGGAAUUUACGACAUCUAGACCUGUCAUCUAAUCAAAUAAGUCGAAUUGAAGGGCUAAACACACUGACAAAACUUUGUACAUUAAAUUUGUCCUGCAAUUUGAUUACAAAAGUAGAAGGACUUGAAGAACUAAUUAAUCUGACUAGACUAAAUUUAUCAUACAACCACAUAAAUGAUCUUACUGGGUUGAUUCCCCUUCAUGGAAUUAAGCAUAAACUUAGGUAUAUUGAUCUACACAGUAAUCGUAUAGAUAGUAUCCAUCACUUACUUCAGUGUACAAUAGGAUUGCACUUCCUGACUAAUCUUAUUUUGGAGAAAGAUGGAGAUGAUAAUCCUGUCUGUCGACUACCAGGUACUUCUCUCAAUACAGUCACCCUCCCUUCAGAAUUGAAAGGGUACAGAGCAGUUAUUCUCCAGACUCUGCCACAGCUUAGAAUCUUAGAUUGCAAGAACAUAUUUGGUGAACCAGUAAAUUUGGCAGAAAUAAAUUCAUCACAGCUGCAGUGCCUAGAAGGUCUUUUGGAUAAUUUAGUUUCUUCUGAUUCUCCCCUAAAUAUAAGUGAAGAUGAGAUCGUUGAUAGUAUGCCAGUGAUAACAGCGCCCAUCGAUGAGUUAGUUCCCUUGGAACAGUUUGCAAGUCCACCAAGUGAUGCUGUGUUGACGUCUUUUAUGUCCGUGUGUCAGUCUUCUGAGCCAGAGAAAAGUAAUCAUGAAAGCGAUUUGCAGAAUGAGAUAAAACUUCAAAAAUUAGAUGAUCAAAUUUUACAACUUCUAAAUGAAACUUGUAAUUCAAUAGAUAAUGUUCCUGAGAAAGACCCCAGACCAAAAAGAGACACAGAUAUAACUUCUGAAAGUGACUAUGGAAACAGAAAAGAAUGCAAUAAAAAAGUUCCUCGAAGAUCAAAAAUCCCGUAUUAUGCCAAAACCAUUCAAACUAUUAAGCACCACAAUAAAAACUGCAACUCUUUUGUAAGUUGUAGUCGUAAAAUGAAACCACCUUACCUUAAAGAAUUAUAUGUAAGCUCAUCUUUAGCGAACUGUCCUAUGUUACAAGAAUCAGAAAAGCCAAAGACUGAAAUAAUUAAAGUAGACAAAAGUCACUCAGAAGACAACACUUACCAGUCCCUUGUUGAACAGCUAGACCAAGAGAGAGAGAAGAGAUGGAGAGCUGAGCAAGCCGAAAAUAAACUCAUGGAUUAUAUCGAUGAGCUGCAUAAACAUGCAAAUGAAAAAGAUGAUAUUCAUAGUCUGGCUUUACUUACCACAGAUAGGCUAAAGGAAAUUAUUUUUAGAGAGAGAAAUUCCAAAGGACAACUCGAAGUUAUGGUUCACAAACUUCAAAAUGAAAUUAAAAAACUGACUGUUGAACUAAUGAAAGCAAAAGAUCAACAAGAGGAUCACCUUAAACACUUAAGAACCCUGGAAAAAUCAUUAGAAAAAAUGGAGAGACAAAAAAGGCAGCAGCAGGCGGCACAGAUAAGACUGAUCCAAGAGGUGGAACUCAAAGCUUCAGCUGCUGAUAGAGAAAUAUACUUACUUAGAACUUCCCUUCAUCGAGAAAGAGAACAAGUGCAACAACUUCAUGAACUUCUUGCAUUGAAAGAACAGGAACACAGGAAGGAACUUGAAACAAGGGAGUUUUUUACUGAUACUGAGUUCCAGGAUGCCUUAGCUAAAGAAAUAGCCAAAGAAGAGAAAAAACAUGAGCAAGUGAUAAAAGAAUACCAAGAGAAAAUUGACGUGUUAAGCCAGCAGUAUAUGGAUUUAGAAAAUGAAUUCCGUAUUGCUUUAACUGUUGAAGCCAGAAGAUUUCAAGAUGUUAAAGAUGGUUUUGAAAAUGUUGCAACUGAGUUAGCAAAGAGCAAACACGCUCUUAUUUGGGCUCAACGAAAAGAAAAUGAGUCUUCCUCUUUAAUUAAAGAUCUGACCUGUAUGGUAAAGGAACAAAAAACAAAACUGGCAGAAGUUUCUAAAUUGAAACAAGAAACAGCAGCAAAUUUACAGAAUCAAAUCAACACCCUUGAAAUUUUAAUUGAAGAUGACAAGCAGAAGAGUAUUCAAAUAGAACUUCUCAAGCACGAAAAAGUCCAGCUUAUUUCUGAACUAGCAGCCAAGGAAUCACUAAUAUUUGGUUUAAGGACAGAAAGAAAAGUAUGGGGACAUGAGCUGGCACAACAGGGAUCUUCUCUAGCCCAAAAUCGUGGAAAAUUGGAGGCUCAAAUUGAAAGUUUAUCUAGAGAGAAUGAAUGUCUGCGAAAGACAAAUGAAAGUGAUAGUGAUGCAUUAAAAAUAAAGUGCAAAAUCAUAGAUGACCAAACUGAAACUAUUAGAAAAUUAAAAGAUUGUUUACAAGAAAAAGAUGAACACAUCAAAAGAUUACAAGAAAAGAUCACAGAAAUAGAAAAAUGCACUCAAGAACAACUUGAUGAAAAAUCUUCACAACUGGAUGAGGUACUUGAGAAGUUGGAAAGGCACAAUGAAAGAAAAGAAAAACUAAAACAACAAUUGAAAGGAAAGGAAGUAGAACUUGAAGAAAUUAGGAAAGCUUACAGUACACUGAAUCGGAAGUGGCAUGAUAAAGGAGAACUUCUAUGUCAUCUUGAAACACAAGUAAAAGAAGUGAAAGAAAAAUUUGAAAACAAGGAAAAGAAACUUAAAGCGGAAAGAGACAAAAGUAUUGAACUACAAAAGAAUGCAAUGGAAAAGCUUCAUAGUAUGGAUGAUGCCUUUAAAAAACAAGUUGAUGCAAUUGUCGAAGCUCAUCAAGCUGAAAUAGCACAGCUGGCAAAUGAAAAGCAGAAGUGUAUUGAUUCUGCAAAUUUAAAGGUCCAUCAAAUUGAAAAAGAAAUGCGUGAACUUUUGGAAGAAACGUGCAAGAACAAAAGAACAAUGGAAGCAAAAAUUAAGCAACUUGCUUUUGCUUUAAGUGAAAUUCAGCAAGAUAUGUGAUGGUUCUGAGAAUGAAUUUAAUUGAAAUGGACCAGCAGACCUAUUGUAAAAAUGAUUAAAUAUUGUAAUAGUAGUAACUGCUAUGACUUUGAAAUGUCUCUUUCUACACAUUUCAUUAUGAAUAUUUUUUAAAGACUUUUGAUCAAGUAUUUAUUAAUUGUAUAGGUUUUUUAUAAUAAAUUGUUGACAGUUUUGUCUAUUAGAAAAAAACUGUCAUAACUAGACUUAACAUUUUUCUUGUUUCUGUACUAUACGUUGUUUGGUAAUUACACAUUUGCCUACAAAUUUGUAAAUGAAAAGAUUAGUAUUUUGACUAUAUAAGGUAAAAUAUUUUAAUCGUUGUCUUAUUGUGAUGAUGAAGAACUAAUUAUAUUUAUUGUCAUUUAGUUGAUGUAGCUCAAUUCUUUUAAAGUGCUUAUGUUGCCAAAAAGCAUUUGAUCUGUAUGAUAAAAGAUGUGGAAUUCUUAAGAAAGUAUAUGUAGUCAUCUCCACAUCACUCAUUAUGACCCCUUUUUUUAUAAUGCAUAUAUCUUUUCAUUAAAGAUUACAUUUAAGGUUUUA